AUGAAAAAAAGGAAGGUUUGGAAGUUUCGAAUGUCAUCUUUGAAUUUUCAAGUAAACCACCACAAUCACACUUCUCAGUUUAGUGACUUCUUAAGUGAACUAAAAAAAGCAGAGUUAGCGCACUUAUGGCGUAGCUGUUUUAAUAACCAUCGAAGUAUCUUGCAAAAUAAUAUCCACUGUCGUGUAUCAAAGACAACGACUUGCAAAUCAAUUUUGGAUAAUUUUAUGGAUGUACUUUCAAACCCACAGAAUUUGAACUUCGUUAAAUGUCUUAACUGCACAUAUAAUCAGAAUGAACUCAUUAUGGAUUAUGAUGUUGUUGGAGUAUCUCUCUAUGAUGUAAUCAAGUAUAGUCCCGGUCGCCUACAAAAUCACAACACACUGUUAUUUCUCACUUAUCAGGCAAUUCAUACCAUCACUCAAUUACACGAAAUAAAUUUACCCCAUGGUGGUAUAACAUUGGAUAAUAUAUUUGUAGACGAAAAGUUCAACAUCUUUCUUGGUCUCCCAAAAGCCAUUGACUUUCUGUCAAACAUGAAGACAAAUGAGUUACACGAAGAGGAAAAUACCACAGAUAUCGAUAUUGCGGUGUGCAGUAGUAGUAAGUUGUCCACGAUGACAACUAACUGGAUACUUCACAAAGUCACAAACUAUGAUUACCUGAUGUUUCUAAAUGAACUGGCUGGUCGACAUAAGGGGGAUCCAUCAAACAGUGCAAUUUUACCAUGGAUAACAAAUUUUGAUAUGCCUUUGGGACAGUUAAGGGAUUUAACAAAAUCAAAGUAUCAUUUGUGUAAAGGAGAAGAUCAAUUGGAUGCAAAUUUUACGACAUCUCUAUAUAAUCAUGCAAUAUCUAAGCGUCCUAGUUGGCCACUAGGUACUUAUAAUGUGGAAGAAGAUUAUGAUAUUAGGAAUCAUCAUCAGGAUUUUAUGAAAUUGUGUAAUGAUUUGGGUACCUGUAGUAUAAGUAAUGCAGAUACCAACUUGGCGUGCAAUAAUGUAGAUGCAUGUAUAUCUAAUGAUAACAGGAAAAAUAAUACGAAUUAUACUUUUUCUCCUCACCAUUUGUUGGAUAUAAUGCCUGAUUUAGCAUACUACACAUACAUGGCUAGAAAAACUCCCUUGUCCUUGUUGACACAGUUUGUACGUCCUGUUUAUCAACCUCAAGAAUUUCCAACGACUAUUGCACGAUUAUAUGAAUCUACUCCAGACGAGUGCAUCCCGGAGUUUUUCACAGAUCCGUCAGUUUUCUCUUCUAUUCACCCCGAUAUGGCUGACCUUGGCCUGCCGUCUUGGUGUUCUUCUCCUGAAGAGUUUAUUAAAUAUCACUCUAAACUUCUGGAAAGUGAUGAAGUAUCUAGUAAUUUGCACCACUGGAUCGAUCUAAACUUUGGAUACAAAUUAUUCGGUUCAGCUGCAGUGAAUGCUAAAAAUGUUCAUCUAGAAUUGGCAGGUGAUCAAACUGCUUUACGUUGUACCGGUGUCGUAUGUUUAUUUCGUACACCACAUCCUCAAAGAAUUUGUAGUAAAAAAUUAUCAAAAUAUUUUGGUGCGACACUACCAGAUAUAUUUCAAAUGGAUGUAAAUCCUCCAACUUCUAAACACAAUUCAGUCGGUAUGAAAAUGCAUGCAAAUAACUCUCCAAAUGAAGGGUCUUUGAGAAAAAACAAUCAUACUCUACCGAAGUCCAUUUCUAGUUCUAAGGUUAAUCACACUAUAAAACUGCCAACAGGCGAUAGAGAUCUAUGUUUCAAAAAUAGAAUAUGGCUUCCUGAUGAUUAUGAUCCGUUAGAAUUAAUUAAUAUGCAUCAAAAUCUGUGCAAAUUUCUGUACAUUGAAACACAUAUACAAGAUUUAAAUGAUCUAGAACCUAUUCAAUCAUCAAAGCUGAAUACUUAUGAUAAUGAUUUUGACAAUUUAUUCAAAAUUGAUCUGGAAUCAUUGGCUUGUCUCAUUGUUGAAUUAAGUUUAUUUUCAAUAGUCAAUUAUGUUGAAGUUAAUAAAUGGAGUCAUGGGGAACGUGUUAAUUUUGCACGUUUGCAAGCACGUUUACAUUGGGAUAAAAUACCAAAUUGUCUUCAUGAUGCUGUUAAUUCUGUUUUACAUCCAUUUGAUCAAAAUCUUAUUGGAGAACAAUUUGAUGAACGUUUUUUACCAACUGUAGAUAUUUUUCUUCAUUUAAUAUGCGAAUUUCCACCUUAUAUUUUCGAUUUAUUAUAUAUUCGAGAUUGGCUAAUUAAUAUCGAUUCCAACCAAUCAUUUCAACAGUUACAAUCGUUCUCACCCUACAUACCAAAAACAUGCUUGUUUUCAGCAUUUUUCCCUAGUAAUCAUCAAAGUGAAUUGUAUAAUUUGGUAAAUUUGUCAACUGUUCACAUUCCAAUUGAUGUAAUCAGAUUACUAUAUCCAUAUAUUCAAUCAGCAGUGUAUGCAAAUCCUAAUUGGUUUGUGAAUAUUUUAAAUUCAUCCAAAAUGUUAGAGCUGUUUUCAACAAUAGGAGGUCUUGAAUUCAUACGAUCACAUAUUCUCCCACUAAUUAUCUAUCUAUACAAACCUGAACAAAUUAAACGUAUGUCAAGUGAUAUCUCCCCGAGAAUUCCUCUUGCUUUACUAUAUUCACGUUUAUUUCUACGUCGUUUAUUGGCUUAUUUAAAUGUGAACACAUUUCUUGUACAUAUUUUACCUUAUAUAACCCUUAGUCUUAUUGGUGGCAGUAUAAACGCUUUAUCUGAUGAAAAUAUUGUAUGGCAUCAAAGAAGUUAUUCUGGCCUUACAAAUGAACAAAUAGAUUCUAAGAAUUCAAAUACUAACCAAAACACGCCUAAAUCAUUAAGUCGUAAUCUAGAAUUAAAUGACGAAUCUUUAAUAUAUGAUCAAGAAGAAAAUAUAUCAGCACAUUGCGAUUUAUUGUUUUAUAAACAAGAUGUUAUGAAUGUAGAUGA